UGUGAUGAUUCAUGCAGGCCGCGCUGUGCAAUCAAUCAGCCAAUACUCUGCUGCUAUAUCGUUAGAUGAUGUGGAAGCAGGCAUGGAGUUGAACACAGAUCAAGAAAUUGGAAGCAUGGAGUGUGACGGCGUCAACCCCGUCCAAGACCCGGUUGAAGGACUGUUGGAGGAUAUCAACAUUGAAGAACCAUCACAUUAUGAUGACCUUGAUAACAAAGCAAGCAUUCAAGACAUUCCGCUCCAUCAGGAAGAUCCAAACAGUGCACAGAAUGGAUCAGCAAGCACUGAAAGUUGCUGUAACCAUAGCGAAGAUGAAGAUGAUGAUAAAAUGCUGUGUAUCUUGCAGUUCAGCAAAGGCACUAACAUGUCAACAAAGAAUUGGCUCUUGUCCUUUCUAAAGGCUCCAGAGAAGGAGGGAGGAGGGGAACUCCUAGUCAGCACCAUCCAAACCAAGAACAACGGUGAUGGAGACAUUGUACUCCAGCUUGGAGCAACAAGGGAGAGGCUCCUUGAGGGAGCUGAGAAGAUCUGUAUCAGGAAGAAAUGCAAGGAUGGAUCCCUGAGGGAGUUCAGUAGGGGACAUCGGGAUCACUUUGACAGUGGAAACAAAUGUUUCCUGACUACUUGCGAGAAACAGCGUGUAAUCUACUACCUCCUUACUAAUGUUCGAAGUUCCAAAGAAGAAGACAUUCCUGGUACCGAGACCAAAAAGAUAACCCUCCACCCAGAACAAAGAAUAGUGCCUAAGAUGAUGAACAGUGGACUCAUUGAUGGAAUCUAUCCCCUACACACCUCAUCUGAACUCAUAUCAUUAGAGAAUCAUUGGUAUAAUCAUUCCAAUUACUUCCAAGGUCAACCAAUAGAGAUGAUUAGGGACUACUUUGGAGAGAAGAUUGGUAUCUACUUCUCCUUUCUUGGAUUCUAUACCAAGGCUCUGUUUCUCCCCGCUGCGUUUGGACUCAUCUACUUUCUCCUGGAUACAUUUGUUGGCCAUCUUCCCCAUGGCUAUGCUAUCUUUGCCAUCUUCAAUCUCUUCUGGACCACCUUGUUCCUCGAGUUCUGGAAGAGGAAGUGCAAUGCAAAGGCUUUUCGAUGGGGAACCUAUGGUAUGGUGAAAUUUGAGGAGCCAAGGGCAGAGUACCACGGACCGAUCGGCACCAACCCUGUGACCGGACGAAGAGAGCCUCGCUACCCCGAGUCCAAACGUUUCUACAAGAAAUACUGUGUUUCAGCCCCAAUCAUCCUGGUCUUCCUCUGCCUAGCCUUUCUCAUGAUGUUAGGCUUCUUCUGGUUUGAAGAUUACCUCAAGACCAAGGUGGAUGUCAACACCACUGUCGGAGGCCUGGUGCUCCUACUCCCGAGUGUGCUCUAUGCUGUCGUUAUCAUCAUCGUCAACUCCUUCUACCGCAAGAUUGCAAGCUUUCUCAACGAUUGGGAAAACCAUCGUCUUCAGUCAGCCCAUGAAAACAACUUGAUUCUUAAACUCGUUGUGUUUGACUUUGCAAAUUGUUUCAUGUGCCUGUUCUUCAUUGCCUUCUACCUUCAAGAUAUGGUCAAACUACGCAAGUACCUAUCAACCCUACUCAUCAUCCAACAAUUCAUUGAACAAUUCCUUGAGACCGCUCUUCCCUAUCUCAUCCUGAGGUUCUGGCGGGGAAGAAAGGAUGAUGAUGUUGCCAAGGCUAAGAAAGAUGAUGAUGCUCCUCGGGAGGGUGGAAAGAAAGAUGCGGCUCAGCUUGUAGCAGAACAGAGCAAAAUGGACCAUUAUCCAGGGACAUUUGAUGACUACCUUGAGCUGUUCCUGCAAUUUGGCUAUGUAUUCCUCUUCUCAGCUGUGUUCCCGUUGGCUGCUGUCUUUGCUCUACUUAACAAUGUGAUCGAGGUCCGCAGUGAUGCCUUCAAGCUCAGCAGAGUCUGUCAGAGACCGUUUGGACAGGCCGUAGCAGAUAUUGGUACAUGGCAGAUCACCUUUGAGAUAAUGAGUAUCAUAGCUGUCCUUACCAAUGUAGCGUUGAUGGCGCUAUCACCCGAGAUCCAGUCUAUGUUUCCUGACAUGUCUACCACCAAAUACAUCCUCCUCUUUGUGAUUGUAGAGCACAUCUUUCUAGCCUUCAAGGCAGCCAUAGCUAUCUUAAUUCCUGAUCUACCUCAAUGGAUGGAGGUAGAGCUAGCCAAGGAAGAGUUUGAAUCUAGAAAAGCUCUUGCUGAAAGGAAAGCAGCAGAGUUGACCCGCCAGCUAUCCUUCAGCAUGGAAAAGGAGAACGGAGGUAAUAUGAAGGCUGCACUCGCUGAAGCCCAAGCAGCACAAGCCAGAGAUGCUCACUGAUUGGUCAAAUGAAACCUGCUAGAUUUGUUUCUUAGAUUUCAAAAGCUGAGUUUUAUAAGACCUGUAUUAAAAGAGUUACUAAGUUACUACAGAGUUACUAACGCAAGAUUGUGCUUUCAUGUGUAAAGCAUUUCAAUGAUUUACCAUAUGUAUAUUUAUUUAUAUUUUUCAUUAAUAUCAAUAAAAGGUGGAUGAGUAAUUGUGAGUAAGGGUUUUGUUAUUUUUUUUAAAUAACACAAUAUUUGUGUUAACCUAGGAAAAGGGACGUUCUUGUAAAUUAAAGUAUGUGUUUGAGAAACAUCCAAUACAAUCAUUUUAAUCAGGGCCCAGCUUGUAUAACUUUGAGCUUUACCUCAUACACAUAUGAGAUUAAGGAGUUAGAAUUAAUCUCAAAAUUAUGAAUGAACUGGAAUAAUUGCAAGUAUUUAUACAUUAGGAUCUUGUAAUAUUGGAAAAUCUUUAUUUUAAUCUGAACUCGAAUACAAUAUCGGAAGUGUAUUCUCACAAAAGUAUUAACUCUUGUACUUCAUCUCUUGAUUGUUAUGCAAUUCUUUAUAUUAUUAUUAACACGCUCAACUAUGUCAAAUUGGACCUGCUCAAUAGAAGUACCAAGUUGUCUGCAUGUCUCCUAUACUCAGUGGCCUGUAUUCUGAAGUCAGGUUUAACUUGGACCAUGGUCUAUCUCUUUGCUAAAAUUAUGGGAAGCCAAACAU